AUGCAAGAUUAAAUGGUAGGUUCAUCAUAAAAUGUCAUAAAACUAUCAAAACAUACAAAGACAUUUAAAGAAGUUGCUGAGGCACUAUUAUGCUAGUUAGAUUAUCUAAAGAGAUAAGGUAAUUUGAGAAGCUUUUAUAAAAAUCAACUUGCUGAUGAUGAACUUGAAGUUGCAACGAUAUCAACAUAACUGGGUAACCAAUUUGAGGAGGAAAUGAAUUAGAUGAGAGAAAUUGUUAGAGAAAAAGAUCACAUUAUUGAUAUUCUAACUAAGGAGAAGAAUUUUUAUGCAAGAAGAAGCGAACAAAAUCAUAAAUUAAACUAAAGUAAUAAUAAUGGUGGAAGUACCGAGAUGGAUUAAGGUAAGCUAAAGGCUUUUGAAGAGGCAUAAAUGACUAUAAAAAACUAAAACGAAGUUAUUGAAAGACAAGCUUAGUAUAUUAAAUAAUUUGAAAACACUCUUGAAGUACUUAAUGUUGAGAGAGAUAGCUAUCUUAAUCGAGUUUAAAAUCUUGAAUAGGAAAUAUAAGAGAGCAAUUAGCUUAUUGAAAACCUCACAAAUGAACUUGAAAGUAAAAAGAAUAAGCUCGAAAAUACAGACUUGAGUAGGAUGGCAUCAGCUUAAUUAAAAAUGAUUGAAAACAUUGUUAGAGAAAAUGCUCAUCUCAAGUAGUAAAAUAAGUCUCUGAAAGAAUAUGAUCCUUUAGCGAAUGCAAUGAAAGAUUCAGAUAAUAUUCUUGAUCCAAAUUUUCAAAAAAUGAUGGAGAUUAUUUAGGAUAUCUUUUUUCAAAUCCCUUCUCAGAGAAAAGCUUACAAUCAAAUUAAUAACAACUGUGAAGAAUAGUUGAUUGAAAUCAAGAAAUUUGUAGAAAAUAAGUUACUCUCAGGCAAUAUAAAUCCAAUGCCAAACAUUAUAUCACCUACUAAGCUUCAUGAAUAAAGUAUUCCAAACUCUAAUACAGGAAUACCAACUGCCAUUAAAUAUGAUAGCAAAUUUACUUCUGUUAUAAAUUUAAAUCCUCUUCACAAUAUCUAUAGAGAUUUCUUUUCCUAAGUGCAUUCUUCAUAAAGUGAGUUAGUUGAACAGAAGAAUCGUAGCUUCAAAGAUUUAUUUAAUCUCUUAGAAGAUUCAGUAAUAAAGUUCUAUGAUUUAUUUGUCAAAUUCAAGACUUUUGAGCACAAAAAUUAAAAACUAGAGGAAACCUUCAUACAACUAGAUUCAGUUUUUAGUAAUGAGUAGCCAGACAAUGAAGAUAAUAGAGUACUUGAAGAAUUGAGAAGAUUGAAUCAAGUGACUUUAGCAAAAUAUUUUGAAGUUCAUAGAGAAUUAUCUGAGUUGCAAGCGUUAGAUGGUGCUGGAGUAUAAUUAUUAAAACUAAUAAAAAAACAAAAUGAUAAGUCUACUAAGAUCAAUCAAACACAAAAUGGUUCUAGCUUAAGUAAUCUUAAAAACUAAGAAAACAUCGUCUAAUUUGAAUAAUAAGUUAUUGAACUUAAACUUAAAAUAUAAGAGUAGGAUAAAAUAAUUGCAAAACUAAGAGAAAAUAGAAAAUCAAAAAAAUCAAGAUAGAAAUCAGGAGGAAGAUCUCCUAGAAUGCAGGAUGGUGAAAUGGAUUCUUCAAUUAAUAUUACUAGAAAGCAUAAUCAAAUUAAAUCCCUUGAUAGAUCUUAUGGUGUAAUGUCAGGAAGCCAAAGCUAUUUCUAAAGUAGUCAUAUAUAGAAUCAAGGAAUGAGAGAGUAUGUCGCAAAUAUCCAAAACAAUCCUUAAUUCAUUGAAAUCUCUUAAAACUUGAACAAAGCUUUGGAUAAAUUGUAUGAGCAAGAGGAGAAAUUUGAAAAUAUUGACAAGGAAAAAACAUUACUACAGUUAGAGUAUAAUUAGCUUAAGAUGGACUAUGAGAAAACUAGAAUAGUUUUCGAUUAAAAUGAAAUUAAACUUCUAAAUCUUAAUGAGUAAAAUCUUAGCGUCCAGGAUGAAAGAGAUAAUUUGGUAAAAGAAUUAUCUUAAAUAAAGCUGAAAUUUUAAAAAAUAAACAAUGAACUCGUAAGUGCAGAGAAAUAGGUAGAGCACUAUACAAAUGAAGUUGAGGUUUAAGCUGAUAAAGCCAAAAAAAUUGCCAAAUUAAAUGAGGAAUUAAGAGACUUAAUAGCUCAAGAGAGACAAGCAAACAGCGAAGAGAAAAUGAAACUUGAAGAAGACUUGGAAUAAGUUAAGUUAUCUUGGGAAACAAAAAUUAAGCUUAUGAAGAACAAAUUGCUCAUGACAUUAUAAAAUGAAGGUUAUAUUCAAGAUUUUCACAAGAGAUCUGCAUCUUUAGCAGCCAAUUAAUACGAUACCAUUACCUUGGAUGAAGCAGUAAAGUUGGCAUGCGAUGCUUUAAUGAAUAUAAAGCAAUAAGUUAAUUUCAAUUAGAAGCAAUGUUCAACAUUGAUGAGUCACUAAGCAUCAAUAUCUACAAAUCACUCAAGAUAGAUAAGUGGACCUCUCCAUUAAUAAACUUUCUCAAAAAUAAGAGAUGUAAGUCCUAUUCAUGGAACAGUCUUAAGCUCAUAUGAUUCUAGAUAUCAACCUAAUCUCAAUGAUAUGAGUAAACUUUCUUGUGGAGGAGGCUUUAUAAAUGAUACAUCAAAAGUUUAUGAAACUCCGAUAAAUGACAUAUCAAACAAUAAUAUUAACGACAAACACUCAAGAACUCCAUCUAAAUUUAUAACUCUCCAGCCAUGCACUCAUAGUUCGAGUAAGAAAUCAAAUAAAACUAAUUAUAAUGAGCAAUAUAAUAGCAAUACAAGCAGCAACUAAGUAAGAAACUUUGAUACUUUUAAUGAUUUGAACGCUACCAGAAAUGAUACCAUUAAAACUCAAGAUAGAGAAAAUAUUCAAACACAACAAAUACUCAACAAAUUCUCGUUGUAAGCUUCAAUACCAGAUAUUAGAACUUAAGGACCAGGUUAUGAAAAGUUAUAACCAGAAAAUCAAUCAUCAAAAUUGAACUCUCAAUUUCAAUCUACACCAAAGGACUUCUAAUCAACUAGCAACACGGUCCACUCCUAUUUAUAAAGCACGAAUUCUGUAUCAUAAUAAAAUGUUCCAAAAGUAUAUUCAAGCAUGAUGAACCAUCGUACUCUGUAAUAGUAAUAGAACUAAUAGCCAUAGCAGCCUCACAUAAUAUAAACGAGAUCACUUAAUCAUGUCUUAUCUCCAUAGACUAACUUCAGUUUAGAGAGUAGACCAUUAAAUUAGAAAAGGUUGGAGCAGCUAACAUAUACUCCAGGAAAGCCUAUAGAAUCUUUGCAAAGUAAUCCUAGCAAGUCCAGCAUUGAAAUGACUAAUAAUAAACGUAAAAACAUCAAUGAAAUCUUGAACAGCUUCAAAAAAGAGAAGGAAUCUUUCAAUGAAAAACUCACUUAGCUUAAAAUAAAACUAGAAAGUGUUAAAUCACCAGAGGUAGCUUCCCUAAAUAAUGAUAUACUUGAUAAAAAUGAAGGUAUAAGAUCUGAUGUCAGUUAAAAGCAUUUUAAGAGCGAAUUCUAAGGAGAGACUCUCGGAUCUCCUCAGGUUGAAAAUAGAAGAGCAAAAACCUUGCAAAAGCUAAAGUAAUAUUCAAUCAUUCUUAAUAUUUUAUUUUAGAGGCAAUUAUCAUAUUAAUCAACAUGA